GUUCCGGCGGUCUUCGGGCCCUUUCCCAGGCUGCCGCCGGGCUGGGAAGCAAGAACGGGUUGGAGCGGAGCGGCGGCGGACGGGGCCAGAGAAGAGGUGUCGGGGAGGAAGACGAAGUGUGCCAGGCUGCCCGGGGCUAGGAGCCCGCUCUGCCUUUGCCCUCUGGACUGCAACCCUCCUCCUUUUUCGGUGGAGCAGCUCCUGAUCUGUUUCUUCACUGCAUGCCCGCUCACCAGUGCUGGAUUAUGUUUGUCUCCUUCUCCCUGUGCUCCAUCAUUUGGCUGAAUCGUGGUUUCAAGCUAAGGAAAAGGGGCUGCACCUAAGCCCACCGGGGCACCCGGACCAGGCUCCUGGAGUGCUGCUUCAUGCAGAGACGUUCAGAGAGCUGAUGGGGGAGAGCUGUCUCUGAGAUCCCUCCUUUUCCACCCACAACGUGCUGCUUCUCCCCAGCGAGCCCUUCCCCCUGCAGAGAUGGGCAGCACCGACGGGUUCCAGUACCGUGCGCUCUACCCCUACCGCAAGGAGCGCGAGGAGGACAUUGACCUGCUGCCCGGGGACAUCCUGGUGGUCAGCAAGGGGGCUCUGCAAGCCCUGGGCUUCAAAGAUGGGGAUGAGCAGACCCCCAACCAGAUUGGAUGGAUCCUGGGUGUCAACGAGCGGACCAAGCAGAAGGGAGACUUCCCUGGCACCUAUGUAGAGUACGUGGGGCCCGUGAAGAUCUCUGUCCCCUCCCACCGGCCCCGAAUGCAGAGACCCCUGCCCGCGACGCCGGGGGCCAGCGGGGGCCGGCCGCAGGAGGCCCUGGAGCAAGGGUCUCCUCUCCCAGACUUGCAGGAGCAGUUCAGCCCCCCUGAGAUUGCACCACCGCUGCUGGUGAAGCUGGUGGAAGCUAUUGAGAAGAAAGGGCUGGACAGCGAGAUGCUGUACAGGACAUCGGGCUGCGAGCUGCGGCAGGCGCUGAGAGCCGAUUGGACCUUGGGUGACCUGGAGCCCUUCGACGUGCACUCCCUGGGCGAGGCACUGCGAGGCUACCUGCAGGACCUGCCCUCCCCCGUGGUGCCGGUGUCGGUGCAUGGAGACGUCCUUCGAGUCCUGCAGGAGGUCCCCCAGCCCGAGAGCUGCCGGAAGCAGCUGCUGCUGGCGUUGGAGUCGCCUGCGGUGCCGCUGCAGAACACACUCACCCUGCAGUUCCUGCUCCGGCAUCUGGGCAAGGUAUCGCAGCAGGCAGACAGCAACAGCCUCCACCCUCGGGCCCUGGCAGAGAUCUUCGGCCCCCUCCUCUUGCGGCUGCCUGGCGCCAGCCCAGAGCUGAGCCCUGAUUUCUCUGUGCUGUUCCUGGAGAUGCUUCUGCAGACAAAGGAGUUGGAGCUGGAGCAGCUGCCCCCAGCCUUGCCUCCAAAACCGCCGAAGCCGAAGCCCAGCGCAGCCAGCCUGGCCAACGGGAACAGUGUGCCCUUGCAGGAUGCCGAGUGGUACUGGGGUGACAUUUCCCGGGAGGAGGUGAACGAGAAGCUCCGGGACACGCCGGACGGCACCUUCCUGGUGCGCGAUGCCUCCAGCAAGAUCCAGGGGGAGUACACUCUGACGCUCAGGAAGGGAGGCAAUAACAAGCUGAUCAAGAUCUUCCACCGGGAGGGCAAGUAUGGCUUCUCCGAGCCCCUCACCUUCGGCUCCGUCGUGGAGCUCAUCACUCACUACCGGCACGAGUCACUGGCCCAGUACAAUGCCAAGCUGGACACCAGGCUGCUCUACCCCAUCUCCAAGUACCAGCAGGACCAAGUGGUGAAAGAGGACAGUGUGGAAGCCGUUGGGGAGCAGCUGAAGGUCUAUCACCAGCAGUACCAGGACAAGAGCUGGGAGUACGACCUGCUGUACGAGGAGUACACACGCACGUCCCAGGAGCUGCAGAUGAAGAGGACAGCAAUCGAGGCCUUCAACGAGACCAUCAAGAUCUUCGAGGAGCAGUGCCAGACGCAGGAGAAGUGCAGCAAGGAGUACAUUGAGCGCUUCCGGCGUGAGGGCAACGAGAAGGAGGUGCAGCGGAUCCUGAUGAACUCGGAGAAGCUCAAGUCUCGCAUCACAGAGAUCCACGACAGCAAGAUGAAGCUGGAGCAGGACCUGAAGAAGCAGGCCUCGGAGAACCGGGAGAUCGACAAGCGCAUGAACAGCCUCAAGCCAGACCUGAUGCAGCUGCGCAAGCUGCGGGACCAGUACCUGGUGUGGCUGACCCAGAAGGGUGCUCGGCAGAAGAAAAUCAACGAGUGGCUGGGCAUCAAGAAUGAGACAGAAGACCAGUACUCCAUGAUGGACGACGAGGAGGAGCUGCCCCACCACGAGGAGCGGACGUGGUACGUGGGGAAGAUCAACCGGCUGCAGGCUGAGGAGAUGCUGUGCGGGAAGCGGGACGGCACCUUCCUGAUCCGCGAGAGCAGCCAGAAGGGCUGCUACGCCUGCUCCGUGGUGGUGGAUGGUGACACCAAGCACUGCGUCAUCUACAAGACGGCGACCGGCUACGGCUUUGCUGAGCCCUACAACCUCUACGCCUCCCUCAAGGACCUGGUCUUGCACUACAAGCACACGUCCCUGGUGCAGCACAACGACUCCCUGAAUGUCACUCUGGCUCACCCGGUCCGUUCCCAGCCACCAGCCAGAUGAGCAGCCCAAGCACAACACAACAGCUGCCUUCAGCUUCUCUCCAGGGCACUGCUUUCUGGCUCUGGACUCUUGCACCCUGUAUAGUUGAGUCUCUGUGCUCCUGCCCCUCCAGAGCCUCUGAGAUGUCUGUGACCGUUCCUGAUGUCCCUGUUGGUCAGUAGCUGAGAACCUGUGGUGGCUGAUGGGACACACACAUACACAAAAGCUGGGCUGUUGAUUCCCAGUGGGCUCCAGCCUCCAGGAGUUGGGAUCCAGCUGUGAUUGAAUUGCUGGGGCUGAACACAGCCCCCUUCCCUUCCGCGAUGAGCAGGUCAGGUCCUCUUCUUGCUGGCAGGUCACCCCACCUGGCAUCACUGCAGAGCUACAUUUCCGAGCUCCUUGGCACCGUGGUGUUGUCCCUGCCCUGGGCAAGCAGCCAUGAGCGAGGAGCUCCCUGCCUGGAUGCCAGAGGAAGCAGAGGAGGCUCCCUGUGCCCUCCACCUUCAUGGCAGAGGCUGGUAUGAGAGGUACUGCUGCUCCAUGCAGACUUGUUUAAGAAGGAGAGACCUCCCCCUGCCCAGGGCUUCUCUGCUGAGGGCUUCACUCCCUGCCAUGCCCAACCUCACCCUGCGGUUCCCUGGUGUUGUGGCCACCUUUCAGCAUUGCUGUCUGGGGAGGGAGGAUCCAGUUAGCAAGGAAUCCUCAUCUUCGUCGUGCCAGCUAAGCUGUGAAGGCUGUGGUGGUGCCCAUUGCUUUUCCCAGCAGAACCCAUGGGAUGCUGAGCUCAUUCCUGGCUCUUGGGUGGCUCUGCCAUGGUGUUGCAUUGCAGCAAGUGGCAGCUCUGUAAAUGGGGCUCCUCUGCUCAGCUCACUCCCAGCACUGCUCUUUGCUGGCCUCCACCCCCAUGCUGGGCAGCAGCUGGGCAGGCUGGUGCUGACUCAGGUCCCACCAGCUAAAGCAGGAGGCGGCUGGAGGCUGCUCUAUACUAUGAGCCCUACAUAAAAUGAAGGAGCUGCCUGCUGCAGGAGGCUGGGGUCUGCUGAGCUGGGGGCCACAGCGUGGAGAGCUGAGUGUGCAAACUGUGCAGAGCUGAUCCUGGGUGCUGGAUGGGGCUGGGGAGGGAGAGCUGGGGCCUGCUGCAGCACUGCCCCUCAGGGCUGCCUGGCACUUGCUGUGUCUUGAGUUGAAAGGGUGACAGAGGUGACUGGACCAGGGCUGAGUGUUAAGACCAUGGUGGCAUUUGCUUCGCUGCGUUCUGUGCCUGCCUGGCUGAAGCAAGCAGUAGCUGUCCUCUGUGCCUGCAGGAGAGGCUCUUCCCUCUGCAGGCUGCAUCCCUAGACCGGGAUGCUGGGUGCUGGGGCUUUGCUGCUGCUUUUGUGGUGACCUGGCCUCAGGCAGAGCUGCAAGGUGCUGUGUGCUCACUGUCUGCAUCCUGUCCUCCAGCAAGGACCAAGCUGUCCCUCCCCUGGCCAGCUCUGCUCCUCACCUCACCCCAGGCUAGUCCCCAGAUCCAUUUGGAGCUGGGGCUGCUGGAGCAAAGGCUCCACUCCUGCUGCUGUGGCAGCUCUGGUGCUUGGCUGUGCAGGCCCCGUUCACUGCCCCCUGUGCCCCUUCCAGGCUCUGGUUUGCUAAUGUUUGGUGUUUUGGGGAUGGGGUACAGUGGUGCCACUGCUGACAUGUGGCUUGGUACCCAAGUGCCAUGGAUGGGGGCAGGCAGUGGGCUGGGGAAGCUGUGGGGUGCACCACCUAGCAGAGGCCAUAUUUGGCUUUAGGGAUCACUUGGGAAGAGCUGUUUGGAUAAGUAAGGGAAUACUUCUGACUUCCAAUAGGAAAGAUGAGCACACAGGAGUGGAGCAGGGAAACCCAGUGCUCAUAGUCGGGUCUGUGCCAACAUCCCAAAGUUUUCUGUCAGGCUCCUGCACCAUUUACAGUGGUACAUUUUCAGCCUGGGGACUCUACUGGUCCUGUGCUCACUCCUGUGCUGCCAGCCUGUCCCUGCACCAUGGGGGCAGGCUGCAGGAGGAUCCCAUCCUCCUGCUGCUCACCCCACAGGGUUCACAUCUCCCCCAGCACCCCACCCCUGUGAGCUUGAGGCUGGUCCUGCUUGGGGUGGGAGUUUGCUCCCAGCUCCUGCCAGGGCCUGCCAAGCAUCUGAGAGAGUCAGCUUCGAGUCCUGGCCUGCUGCUGUGCGUUGUGCUCAGCCCAGCUCUGCUGGCCGGCAGAGUCCAGCUUCUCCUAACACUGGCUUUAUACUUCUGGCUGAAUUUCUGCUCUCUGCCCCCGUGCUGCUCCUUCCCCAGCCACAGCCUCUCCUUCCCCAGGAGCAUGAGCACAAGGGGUCCGCUCAGCUCUCUGCCCUUCCACCCAUCGCUGACCUCCCCCCAAACCCUGACCUGCCCCAGCAGGGCUCUGCUCGCUAGUCCUGUGUACGAGGAGGAAAAUGUCCCCCCCCGGGGGGCUGCCUUUCCCUGACGGUGCUUGGCUUAGCUCCCUAACCGCAGCGCUUCCCUCCCUGCCUGCAAUCAACUCUAGUAGUGGUUUGUCCUUCGGUGCUUCUGCCCCUGCUGUUCACGCCGCUGGCUCCAGAGUCCAAGGUUCUGGACUGUGUUUUGCUGCUUGUGACCCCCGAACCCACCCCACACACCCUGCUCCCAGGGAGCACAGCUCCGUUUCUGUCCCGCCUUAGGGGGUCGCCUGCGUGACCCCCCGCGAGGGCUCCGCUGCUCUCGUGGUGCCGAGUGGGGCCCCGGAGGGUUCGGAAGCCCCCGGGAGGGGGGUUCGGGAGCGCCGCGGAGCGGGGUUGGGGUCCGUGUAGGUUUUGCAAUAAUCGAUAAGCUGCCGCCUGAGCUGCUCCCCGCAGCAGUUCGCUCCCUGCUCGUCCGUCGAUGUUUACCGGUGUCGCCCCAGUGUCGGUUCCCGUAGGAGCGGUUUGGUUUUUUUUGUACGGUACUCAAAACGCCACCAAAAAAAAAAACGAAAAUAGGAAAGAAAGAAAUAAACAAUUUUCCUGA